CGGGAGCAAAAUGGACGGGUGACAGAAGGCGCCGUCUCUUGACCCUCGCUGCGACCAUGAGCAAAAAGAAUCAGGUUUCGUAUGUGAAGCCGGCCGAGCCCGCUUUCCUGAGUCGCUUCAAAGAGCGAAUCGGCUAUCGGGAGGGGCCCACGGUGGACACCAAGAGAGAGCAGCUUCCAGUUCCUGAAGAGGACAGUGGAAGUGACAAGGAAGAUGAACAACCACAGGUGAUUGUACUGAAAAAAGGGGAUCUAUCUGCAGAAGAAGUUAUGAAGAUCAAAAAGGAGAUCAAAGAGGUUUCCAAGGUCACAGAAGCUGAUCCUGAAGAUGGGAAGAUUGUAUUCCGGAAACCUCCCAAGCGUUCAGCAGAAGAGAAGUAUUCUGGUUUGACAGUUACUUCAAGUAAGAAGAUUAAAGAGACAAAGAAGAUUUCUCCAAAUUUCCAAAAUUCAGCUAAGCAAGUGAAAAAUAGUAGUUUGCUUUCUUUUGAUGCAGAAGAAAGUGAUGAUUAGGAACAAUCUGUAAUUGCUACAUACAGUUUUACUUAAAGCAAAAUUUUAAGAGUAUAUUAUGGAAGCAGAAACAGUGUUUAAGUCCUCUAAAUGAGGCCUUUACAUUCUGCACUUAGAAUUAGUUUCACAUUUUUGCGCAUUAUACUUGAAUCUCCCACAAUGAGUGCAAGAUAUUUUUUAUUUGGGACUAAGAAUGCAAAAUGUUGCUUUAGCAAAGCUUCCUGUUCUUUCUUAAAAUGCUGAAGAAAUGUAAUGGGAUUAUGAUUGCACUGACUAUAUUGAUUUCAAAGGAAAGAUCCUGACACAAUGGAGGCUUUGGUGGAAAAAUAUUUGGAAGUCCAAUAUGUUUGUAACCAGGAGUGGAUUGUGUGUUGCUACAAAACAUGUAGCAGGAUUAACAAUGUAAAGCUUCAUCAAGGAGCUGAUCUGAAGUUGCUGUGUGCAACAGCUGUUUUUAGUAAAGCUGAUAUUUUAAUGCUACUACUAAAUGACUGUAAAAUUAUUUUCUGUUUAUUUAAAGUUUAGCCCUGUUCUUCAGAAAAUAAAAAUGGUUUUCUCAGUGUACAUCACAA